UAUGCUGCGUCGCUUCAGUUGUCGUACGUGCGAUCGCGAGCGUCGUCGAUGUUCUGGCGAGUCAGAGAAAUGAACGGCGCCCUCCAUUGUCAGGUGGGAAAUUGUCAACAAAUUUUCAUCUGUUUCUUCUGCACGUGUUAGAAAUUCCGAAAAAGUCAUCAAAAUGAAGCCCAAGAAAACGGUGUUUGUGACUGUUGGAACGACCAGCUUUGAUGCCCUGGUACAGGUUGCAUCGUCUCGGCAACUAUGUCAGCAAUUCCAAGCGUUGGGCUAUUCCAAGGUGUUGCUGCAGAUCGGCAGAGGUGUCUACGAGCCUGAGCCGGUAUCCAAACGAGGGUUUACGGUGGAGUACUAUCGCUACAAAGACUCCAUAGCAGAGGACAUCAAGAAUGCCUCGCUAAUCAUCAGCCAUGCAGGAGCUGGUAGUGUCUUGGAGUCCCUAGGCGCCGGUAAACCAUUAAUUGUCGUCAUCAAUCAGUUACUCAUGGGCAAUCACCAGAUGGAGUUAGCAUAUCAACUGUAUUUAGAUGGACACCUUCUCUAUGCAACAUGCUGCAAUCUGUUAGAAGUUCUCAGCGAGUUGGAUACGGCUAAACUGAAACCCUUCCCACCAGGCGACACGUCCAAGUUCUCAAACUUCCUGGAUAAGGCCAUGGGGCUGUCUUGAGCAAUGCUGCCAUCGACUGUCUCCAAACAGAGAGACUCUAUGCUUGCGGAAUAUUGAAUAUAGUUCCAUUCUCGAAUAAUUAAGUAUUUGAUUAUUCUAACUAGGACUUGAUCGAAUAUUGGAAUAUACAAAAUGUGCUGAUCAAGCCAAUAAGCUUGAUGGGGAUUUGUGAGUGUUCCCGCGCUUGUUGCAAAUUGGCAUUUUGUAUCUGAUUCUAUGACGCUUAAAUAUCUGUAUAUAAAUAUAUAUUCACCCUCCUAUGCAAACAUACAUUCUGUGCCAUCUUGUCCUUGCAGUCAAAAUCAAUUAAAGGGAA